UUUUCCAUUGCCAUUCAGAGCAGUCUGCUAGAGGUGCAAAGAGCUAAUCCAAAUGUCACUUGCUUAGCAUAUUUGGAUGACGUUUUCAUCUUGGGACCAGUCGAUGCUGUUGUAGCAGCGUCAGCUGAUCUCAGAUCUUCUUUUUCACCUAUUGGACUAGUAAUUCAAGAUAAGAAGUGUGAAUUGUUUAUUUCUGAGGUAUCACCACCUUGUGAUGUCUCAUUCCCGGUUUCAAGUGACGGUGUUAUCAUACUGGGGAUCCCCAUUGGCAACAGCUCAUUCAUCUCAACAGUCUGUACUGACUGUGCCCAGUCGGGAAGUUUACUCUGUGAGGAAUUGCUUCAGUUGGAGGAUACACAAAGUGCAUUGCUUCUCCUUCGCUAUUGUCAUAUUAACCGUUUGUGUCACCUGCUAAGGAGUAUUCCUCCUCAAGAUUUAAGUCACGCUGCGGUCAUACAUGACAGACAAACACGCACUGCCUUUACCAAACUACUGAACAUUGAUGAAAUGACUGCUGAACCUUGGGCACAGGCAACUCUCCCUGUGAGGUACGGUGGUUUUGGAAUGACCCCUGCGACCCAUCUUUCACCAAUAGCAUUUGCCUCUGGUUGGGCUCAUUCAUUCCAUGUGCUGCUGGAUCGAUUUCCAACCCUACAGCCUUUGGUAACCUCAGUAAUCAAUGAAACAACAUCAUCAAUAGCACAAGAGAACAGCAUUAGUCAUCACCUACAGCAGUCCCUGUGUCCAGGUCAGGCCCUAUCAGAUCUCCUCUGCAACACCAAAGGGCUUCAGCACAAUUUGACUGAAAAACAGACAAAACUCAAAGUUCAGGACAUGAUUGAAAGAUCUGCGACCAAGGAUGCAGCUCGUUUGAGAUCUCUUCAAGGGAGGGGAUCAGGAGCCUGGCUAGAUGUCAUUCCCAGCUCAAGAAAGCUUGCAAUUUCCCCUGGAUUGUUCCGCCUGGCAGCUUUAUUGAGGUUGGGUAUGCGUUUGCCAUUGCCUCUGUCAGCAACCUUAUGUGAUUGCGGCACAGCCUUAGAUCCUGAAGGAUAUCAUCUGAUUACUUGUAAGACAGGUGGGGGACCAGUUUGGUCUCAUAAUUCAAUAGUCUCUGCUUGGUCCGAGUGUUUGAAACGCGUGUCUCUUCCCCAUACCGUUGAGCCAAGAGACUGUUACAGCAGCUCUCAGUCCAGACCCGAUAUUGCUGUUUAUAAUGCAACCGACUUUAACGUUGAGCUCGACAUUUCCUUAGCCCACCCAUGGAGCACCGACAUAAUUUCAGUCGCAGCUACAACUGAUGGAUCUGCUGCUUCAAAAAGGGAGGGAAAGAAGAGAGAGAAGUACAGCAGAGAGACUCACACUAGUGGGGGUUCUCCAUGCCUAAUUCCACUGGUGUUUGAGCAUUAUGGCCGCUGGGGAAAUGCAGGAGAAAAGUUUCUCCAUCAAAUCUCUCUGCGAUCACGAGAUGAUGACGGCAAGCGGUGUAACAGUAUGGUUUUGGCGAAGAAGAUUGACAGAAUAGUGUGUAGAAAUGACUCCGUAGCUGGUUUUUACAGUUACCAGAGUGUACGUUAAGCUUUCAUUUCAUGACCCUAAGGGUCAUUUUUCUUGGACUCAUAGAUAGUGAUUUAGCGUUGACUGUAAUAGCGUUGAUGUUUACCAAUAGAUGUUUUUGACAGACAGGCAGACAGACAGACAGACAGACAGACACAAAAUGUCUAUCUAAAA